GGUUAUCAAACUUUCGGAAUGCACAUUUUAGACAUCAAGAUGAUUUUCUAUACGGCUAUAUGGCUGAUUUUCUUCACUGGAAACAAUUUUGCAGAAACGACAUCAGGAAAGGACUGCGCAUCUGCUGUUACUUUUUCUGGUGAAGCAGCGAAUAAAGUCGUUGAGUUGCUCUCUGACAAUUGUGCGUGCAAAACAGUAAAAGAAAAACCAAAAGAAAUAGUAGACCAAGAUGAAGAACCAGAAUCCUCUUGCACAGUAAAAAGGCCUGUUGAUUGUGGUGACCUAGACAAAUCAACUUGUAAAAGUGGAAUUUACAAAAUUUUCCCUGGUAAAACGUCUGGUUUCAAGGUUUUCUGUGAAAUGAAGAAACAUGGUGGGGGCUGGACUGUUUUUCAACGCAGAAUGAACGGAAAGACAAAUUUUUAUAGAGACUGGGACACUUAUAAGAAAGGAUUUGGUAACCAGACUGAAGAAUAUUGGUUGGGUAACGACCAUCUGCAUCAGCUUACCUCUCAAGGAAAAUACAAAAUGAGGAUUGAUAUGGAAGAUUUUGAAAAUAACCAAAAGUAUGCCUUUUAUGAGAAGUUCGGCGUUGGUAGCGAAAGUUCUGGGUAUAUUCUAGAUGUUAGUGGUUAUUCUGGCGAUGCAGGAGAUUCCAUGGCAAUGCAGAAUGGGCAGAAAUUCUCUACAAAAGAUAGAGAUAACGAUAAAUGGAGCAGUGCAUGUGCAGUGCAGUUCAAGGGAGCUUGGUGGUAUAAUGCAUGUCACAAAAGCAACCUUAAUGGUCUCUACCUGAAAGGGAAACAUAAAUCACAUGCUGAUGGCGUCGAAUGGUACAACUGGAAGGGUCAUUACUACUCACUGAAAGAAACAAUCAUGAUGGUUCGCAAAGCCUAGAUAGACGGAUCUAAAUGAGGGUCAAUAAAUAUUGAAAUUUCUCA